CAGGUCAUGUCAUCAGAUUUCAGGUUAUAUUAAAAGUGAUUGUUUAAUAAUCGAAUUUAGUUCCUAUCAAUUAGUUGAAAACAUUAUUCAAAAUGCCACGAAUAAUGAUAAAAGGUGGUGUUUGGAGAAACACCGAGGAUGAGAUUCUUAAAGCUGCUGUUAUGAAAUAUGGCAAAAACCAGUGGUCACGUAUAGCUUCAUUAUUACACAGAAAAUCAGCAAAGCAAUGCAAGGCUCGUUGGUUUGAGUGGUUGGAUCCUAGCAUCAAAAAAACUGAGUGGUCUCGAGAGGAGGAUGAAAAACUUUUACAUUUAGCUAAACUUAUGCCAACUCAGUGGAGAACUAUUGCUCCUAUCAUAGGAAGAACAGCAGCUCAGUGUUUAGAACGUUACGAAUAUUUAUUGGAUCAAGCCCAGAAAAAGGAGGAAGGUGAAGAUGCUGUCGAUGAUCCUCGUAAACUUAAACCAGGAGAAAUUGAUCCCAACCCAGAAACAAAACCUGCUCGACCUGACCCGAAGGAUAUGGAUGAAGAUGAGUUGGAAAUGCUAUCUGAAGCUAGGGCCAGGUUAGCUAACACACAAGGCAAAAAGGCAAAACGGAAGGCUCGCGAAAAGCAAUUGGAGGAAGCUAGAAGAUUGGCAGCACUGCAGAAAAGAAGAGAAUUGAGAGCUGCUGGUAUUGAAGUGAAUUCACGCAGGAAGAAAAAGCGAGGAGUAGAUUACAAUGCGGAAAUACCUUUUGAAAAAAGGCCAGCCAUAGGAUUCUAUGACACUUCCAAUGAAGCUUUGGACCCGAUGGCCCCAGAUUUUUCUAAAAUGAGACAACAACAUUUAGAUGGCGAACUAAGAAGUGAACAGGAGGAGAGGGAGCGUAGAAAAGACAAACAAAAGUUGAAACAACGAAAGGAAAACGACAUUCCACAAGCCAUGUUGCAAAAUCUUGAGCCUCCAAAGAAGAGGUCCAAGCUUGUUUUGCCUGAACCACAGAUUUCUGAUCAGGAAAUGCAUCAAGUUGUAAAAUUGGGAAGGGCUAGUGAAGUAGCAAGGGAAAUUGCAGCCGAAAGUGGUGUGGAGACAACAGACACAUUAUUGAACGAUUAUACGGUCACACCACAAGCUGCCGCAACUCCUAGAACUCCAGCUCCUCAAACUGAUAGAAUACUUCAAGAGGCCCAAAACGUGAUGGCUCUCACCCACGUAGACACCCCACUGAAAGGAGGUUUGAAUACCCCUCUCCAUAACACCGAUUUUAGCGGUGUCUUGCCUCAAGCACAAUCUGUCGCCACCCCCAACACCGUUUUAGCGACACCUUUUCGAUCGACUAGAAGCGACGGUAGUGCCACUCCGGGCAGUACCGCUGGCUUCAUGACUCCGCGUUCCGGCGCGAUUGUCCCAGUGGGCACGCAGAAUGGUAAUGUGACACCUUCGGUAAGGGAUAAAUUGAAUAUCAACCCGGAGGAUGGUGCUGACGUUGCCGACACGCCAGCCGCACAAAGGAUAUAUCAGAAUUCGCUAAAGGAACAGCUAAAGAUGUGUCUGAGCAGCUUGCCACAGCCUAAAAACGACUACGAGAUUGUUGUCCCGGAACACGCCGACGAGGAAAUGCCGGAACAGGCGCAAGAGCAGAUGGUUGAAGACCAGGCAGAUGUCGACAAGAGACAUGAAGAAGAACUCAAGGCAAAAGCAGCUAAAGAACUAGCCAGUCGAUCUCAAGUGAUCCAGAGAGCAUUACCGAGACCCCUAGACGUUAACAUGUCCGUUCUACGACCACCGCACGAAAGCUAUUCCCUUACGGAUCUCCAAAAAGCCGAGGAACUCAUAAAGCGCGAGAUGGUCACUAUGUUGCACUUCGACAAUUUAAAAAACGCGGUUCCCGCUUCGAAUAAACGGUCGAAUCUCUCGCAAGCCCAACAGUUAGCGUUCCUGGAGCAACACCCCUACGAAAACUUCAAAGGGAAAGACUUAGAAGACGCCAAGACGAUGUUGAAGAGAGAAAUGGAAGUCGUUAAGAUCGGAAUGAACCACGGGGAACUGCCUAUCGAGGCGUACACUCAAGUAUGGGACGAGUGUCUUAGCCAAGUUCUGUUCUUGCCGAAUCAGAAUAGAUAUACGAGGGCUAAUUUAGCCAGUAAGAAGGAUCGUCUCGAAUCGGCAGAGAAAAGACUGGAGCAGAAUAGGUCGCACAUGGCGAAAGAGGCCAAGAGGGCGGCUAAGAUGGAGAAGAAGUUGAAAAUCCUUACGGGCGGUUAUCAGUCGAGAGCUCAGGCGCUCAUCAAGCAGUUGCAGGAUAUUUACGAGAAUAUAGACCAGGCAAAUUUGGAGUUGAAUACCUUCAAAUUCUUGCAAGAGCAGGAGGAGGCUGCAUUGCCCAGAAGAAUACAGUCGCUGACCGAAGACGUGACGAGACAGAUGGAAAGAGAAAAGGCAUUGCAAAAAAAAUAUGCUUACCUACAGAAUGAAAUAAAAGAUCUUCAGGAGCAAUAUAAAUUGAUACAACAGGAAAUGAUCGUGGCUCAGGCCGAACAGAAUGAUGCUAACUUUGAAGAAGUAUCAUCUACGACUAAUGGAGAAGAAUCUAUCAUUGAAGAAAAUAAUACUAGUCCGAUUGAAAACGAAUAGUAUUAAUUGUUGAGUAAGAUUUCUUGAGGUAGUUUAUACAAUAUUUAAAUUAUUAAUACACUGUACGUAAAAAAAUAAAUAUUCACAUAACCGUAA